AUGGAUGCUGGUGAAGAUCUUCCCCUGUCCAUCAACUCCAAUAACUUCCAUGCCAAGCUGUGGCGCCUGGUCAACGACCCGACCAGCAGUGCCAUCCGCUGGGACGGCAGCGGCCAGGGCAUCCUCAUCGAGCAGAAGCUCUUCGAGAAGCAGUUCCUUUGCCCCGGCCAAAACACCCAGGAAAACAACCGUGUCUUCAGAACCACCAACUUCACCAGCUUCAUUCGGCAGCUGAACCUGUACGGCUUCAGGAAAGUGGUGGCCACUUUCAAUGACUCAAAUAAUUUAAAGUGCGCCUGCAGCCCCGCGACGCAGCACCACUUUCACAAUCCAAACUUCAAGCGCAACCGGCCCGAGCUGCUGGUCAAUCUGAAGAGACUCACCAGCAGCAACAAGGCCAAGCUCCAGGCCGGCAUGGAGGUGAACAGUCGGCCUCCGAGCCGCCACCAUCGGUUCCUUCCACGUACAGAUGGUGGUGGGACAGGGAUAAAGGAUACUCGAGGUGGUUCUCUGCUGCUUGGACAGACAUAUAAGGAAUCAGCUCAUCCUUACCAUCCAAACAGAUCCCAGCCCAUGAAGGAGUACAAUCAGACCCCAGUCCCACCACGUACCUUGAUGAUGGAUCAUGGUGCAGCCUCCUCCCCUACAAUCUUUGCUACUGACAAGGGGAUCCCAGUAUCUUUCAUGCACCACUUCCCCGGAAUGGCCCCCACCCCCAGCACUCUGCACAUCCAACACGGCUUACAGGACCUUCCAAACCCUGGCAGCCAGAAAUUCAGCAGUUUUUCCCCACAUCAUGCACAGUAUAAACCUGGUUUCUACUCCAUUGUCCGUCAGUGUUACCCUCCGGGCCCAGUGGCAUCAAAUACGACAGGUGGUGGCCCUCAAACAGCCUCGUUCUCCCACCUCGGUUAUUACCAGCCAAGCUGUCAUGAGAGCGUGCUACAGCAUGGGAACCAGAGCCAGGAUGUACAGAAUGAUGAAAACCAGGAGAUGAGAAAAGGUGAUGUUAACUUGGACACAGUGUUCCAGAUCGCUGAUGGGCUGCAGGCUCCCUCUAACAUCUGUCUGGUCAGAAUGGUGAGUCCGGAGAAGGAGGUCUCUGUGUCCAAGCCAUUCACCAGUGUCUGCAGCUCCACGCUGCCCUUCUUCCCUCACUUUGUCAACUCGGCCAAUACCAGACAAGCCAUCCCACCGGCUCAAUAUGUCUCAAACAGUGGUAGGCCAGUGAAAGAGGAGCAACAGCAGCGCAAGACAGUUCCAGUCCCGAAUGAGGCUGUUAACAAGUGCUCAGGCAUGGUUCCUGUACUGUUGUGCAGUGAUGGAGCUGACGACCCACUGGUGCUGGCUGUCGAUGUUCCUGAUGACUUCAUGGAUGACAAGGGAGCCCUGCACUCGUCUCUGGAUGAGCGGUGCCGAUGUGCGGCUGCUCCGCCCUCAGCGGGUAAUGCUGCCUUCAGGAGGAUCUGUCCAUCUGCGGUGCUUGCCAGCUUUGAAGUCCACCAUGUGCGGCCGGGGACCGCCGCUGCAGCCGAGGCCAUGACCGUCCCCCAGCGGCGCCUGGCCGGGCUCUGGCCGUGGCUGCUCAUGGCGGCCCUGCAGGUGGUGCUGGGCCAGCCGGGCCUGGAGUCCGAGCGGCCGGCCCUCCGAGCCGUCAUCAGGGUAACCCUGCUGAAGCACGAGCCCAUGGGGAAGCCCAUCACUCUGGAGGGGGUGUUCGUGGGAGGAAGCGCCGGGUACGCGGAGGGGAAGCUAAUGCAGUGUCUGCCCGUGAACAACGCCCCCUGGAGAUGGCAGGGCUGCAGUGCCUUGCUCAAGGACACUUCAGCAGGGCGGAUGCUGGGCAACAUUCAAUCUUGA